AUGUUUCUAGAUUCCAAUAUGAAUUAAAGUAAUGAAGAGUUAGAAACUCCUAACAUUUGUUUAGAUACUCUAGGUUUAAGCUAAGAAUUAGAUUAAUAAGUAUUUUCUAUUUAAUAUAUAGCAAAGUAAAAAUAAAUAUUAAAGAAAAAUUAAAAUUAUACUAAAAAUUUAGGUGUUGGAAAUUCUAAAUAUGAUACUCAUGAUAUAGAUUUUAGUUCAUUUACUAUUGAAAAAUAGAUAUUUAAAUAAGAAAAAAAAUAAUCAAUAGGAUCAGUAGAAUUGAAUGAAGCUCCAUAAUUCUUUGAAGUUGUGUAAUUUGACCCUCUAUAAUUAGAAGAAGUAUAAGAUCAUAAAAAUGUAUAAAAUAUAUAAAAUAUUUCAAUAAAAUAAUAAUGUUAAUUAGAACUUAAUUAAAAUUUGUUUGAAUAAAAAAAAUAAGAAGAAUCAUAAGAAUCAUAAAAUUAAUAAGAAUAAAAAGAAUGCCUAAUAGAAAUCUGUGAUUUUUUUUAAGAGACUACUUUAUAAGAAUUAAUAGCUAUUCCUCCUACUCCUCCAUAUGCUGAAAAAAUUACUUAAUUGUAAUUACCAGAUUAUUUAAAAGAUUUUCUAAUUAAUCCCAUUCCUAAUGAAGGAAUGUUUUAAUGUACUAUUUAGAGAGAUAAAUCUGGAUUAAAUAGAUUCGUUCCUAAAUACAGAAUGUAUUGGAGUCAUAAUGGAUAAUUUUUACUUGCUGCAAAGAAAGUUUUAAAUAAAAAUAAGUUUAUAAUAACAUAGGAUGGAGAAUUUAAGAAAAAAGAGGAUUUUCUAACAUUAGGAAAGGUUGAAUAAAGUAAAUAAUAUAAGGGAGAUUAUCAUUUAUUUGAUAAUGGAGUAAAAAAGAAAGAUUAGAAUUAAUUCAAAAAGUUAAGAACUUAAUUAGGUAGUGUACUUUUUGAUACAACUUAUGAUAAAUAAUCUCGGCCAAGGAAAAUAGUAUUAGCAAUGAGAAAAAAUGAGAAAGAAACUAUAUAAUUUAUAAGUCGUAAACCAUAAGUUAUUAAAAACGGAACAUGUAAGUAUUUUUUAAAUAAUUAGAAAAAUAUUAUACUCUUGAUUUUUUUGGUAGAGUGAAAAAGCCAUCUAUUAAGAAUUUUUAAUUGGUUUUGAAAAAUGAUGAUAAAGAUAUAAUAUAUGCAUAAUUUGGAAAAGUAAAUAAAAAUCACUUUAAUUUGGAUUUUAUGAGUCCUUUAAGUCCUUUAAUUGCUAUGUAAUUAGCUUUAAGCAAUUUAAAUUUUUCAGGGAAAUCAUGA